AUGGGCGAGCGCAAGGUGCUGAACAAACACUACCCGGACGACUUCGACCCGGCGAAGAUCCCGCGGCGGCGGCAGCCCAAGAACCGGCAGAUCGUUGUGCGCGUGAUGCUCCCGAUGAGCAUCCGCUGCGGCACCUGCGGGACGUACAUCUCCAAGGGCACCAAGUUCAACUCACGCAAAGAGGACGCCGCCGGGGAGGCAUACCUGGGGAUACGAAUACACAGGUUCUACAUCAAGUGCACACGCUGCUCCGCCGAGAUCGCCUUCAAGACGGACCCCAGGAACUCGGACUACACGGUGGAGUCCGGGGCCAGCCGCAACUUCGAGCCAUGGCGCGAGGCAGAGGCUGUGGUGGACAAGGAGAAGAGGAAACGAGCCGCGGAGGAGAUGGGCGACACCAUGAGAGCGCUGGAGAACAGAGCCAUGGAUUCCAAGCGGGACAUGGACGUACUCGCCGAUUUGGAAGAGACGCGGUCGAUCAAGUCUAGGCAUGAAGGGGUCUCCAUUGACCGGAUGCUUGGGAUUCUGAACCAUUCUGCUUCUACUGCCUAUCAUCAAAAUUUAAAGGAGGAAAAUACUGUACUACUAGCAGAGGAAGACGAAGAGCUCGUCAGAUCAAUCACUUUCCGUAACUCGGAAGGUUACGUAAAACGGAUCGAAGUCAAUGAUGAAGAUUUUCUGUCAGAGAUCAUCAACGAGUCUUCUGAAUCAGCGUUAGAUCAUCCAACAGAUGUCUUGGUCAAAGCUAAUGAUCCUGAGAGUGCCAAUAAAGAAGAAGUAAAGGAGAGCUUGGCAUCUAAGAUGCCCAAAUUGAUAGUAAAGCCAAAGUCAUCAGCUGCUGCAAAUCCUCAGAAGAAACACAAGAGUACUGAAUCUCCAGCUGUCCAUGAUGAUGUCAAAGCACCAGUUGCAGAGGAGAAAAUUGAAGCUUCAGAAGAGAAGACCAAUAUUCUUCAUUCCCUUUUCCAAUAUGAUAGCGAUGAAAGUGAUGAGUGAAGACGACCCUUAUUCGAGUCAUAACCGCACUUCAGGAGACAAGUCCCUGGAACAAGAUCAUCAUCACCAUGUAACUCAAGUCUGCAAAAUCAGAGUUGUG